UGAGGUUUUUGGACAUUUCACCUGCCUUUUCUCUGUCAGGUUUCAUGGAGUACACAUCAGUCCCCCUCCUGGCAGGACAGCCUUCUGCACGUAGCUUUCAUGCAGCUCUGGCUGUGUCGGACCAGAAGGUUCUGAUCAGUGGAGGCUGCAAUGCCAGAGGAGCCUUGCAUGAUGCCUUUGUCUUCCACCUAGAUACUCUUUCAUGGAGCACAGUGAUCCACCACGACCUCUGCUCUGUUCCCCGAGCUGGCCACACAUUGCUUGACCUGACUCCUGCCCACUUGAUGGAUAUGGACAAGGAGAACAAAGAGGAGCAGAAGCUGCACACAGUGUUGGUCUUUGGGGGCUCCAACUGUGCUGGUACCUUUUAUAACAGCACCCUCAAGAUCCAGCUGGACCUAGGAUAACUUCAGAUUAUUUUGAUUCUCAGAAUGAGCCUGAGCAGCAAGGCUCUUCACCAGGCUAGAUACAGAUAUGGAUGGCAAUAAAUGAGU